UUCUGCAGCGGUUUGGGAGCAGCUCUAGUGGAUGAGUGCACUGCUCUCGGUGCUGGGUGCAGACCCUUAUGGCAGAACAGCUCUGCUGCAGGCACUGCUGGGGUGGUGGGACUGGGAUGGGGCUGAAGCAGGGGGUGCAGCUGGUUGUCCCUGCCUGUGGAGCAUCCUCUGCUCUGGAGGGCUGUCCCUGUGCUGUGUACCUGCGGCUUGCUACCCUUGCAGAAGCACCUGCUGCACUGGUGUUGGCACCCUGGCACAGUGUGCUGUGGUUGGCAGUGCUAGGAAUGCCUUGGGCACACAGCAGUGCUGCUUGGUGGGCAGCAAGGCAGUGGCAGCCAGCCGGCUGCACAACGAGAGUCCUGUAGAAUCCUGCCUGUUGCUAAGGGACUCCUUUUGCAUAUGGAACAACACUGGUUUACAUAGCAGCUUUCCCUGUGUUUGUUGAUUGGAGGCAAUUACUGUAAAAUACUUGAUUUAUAACAAGGCAUACUUAAUAAGCAGCAAACUAAAAUAAAUAUUCAUGAAUUACCUGCUGGAGUCUGGCUGUUCUUUUUGCUGAGUUGUUGCUUUUCAUCUGUGUGCUCUGGACAGCCCUGGAGCCUCUGCAUUGCUGGAGGUGAAGGCAGCAAUGCUGGGUCUUAGCUGGUGGAAGCUUUGGGCUGAAGAAUGAGGGGUACAAUUCCACUUUUUCUCUGUUUUUUGUUCAUUCCAGAGGAUAGAGGUAUUUUCCUCAGAUUUUUCCAAGCAGUUCAUUUGACUCAAAAUGGUCUGCUUGCCUGGUAUAGAGCUGUAAUGCAGUAGUUGAAGUGUCAUCAAAGUGUUUGUGUGGAACACGUGCCCUGUACAGCUUCCACAUCAUUGGGAUGUGGUCUGGUUUUUGUGGUGCUGUAGGGAGGUGAUGAUGUACAAAUAGCAGUGCUUUUGGUUAAGUUAGGAUGAACCAGUAUGUUUAAUAAAAUGUGUGGGAAAUGACAAAUUGCUCAUUUGGGAUCUAUGCUCUUUGAGAACAGGACAACUCAUUUAGAGUAGUUCCAAAGUUAUUAAAACAAGGAUCUGCUCAGUCUUCCCUAGAGAUGAAGCACAGUCAGCAAAAGGAUGAGUAACCUUUGUCUUCUGUAUUGCUGAGUGGCAUUCCUCUGACCCCCGCUACCAUGACCACUUUAUUUGGCCAGUUUGAUUCACAGGAGUUUGUUUUUAUUUAGGAGGAGUCUGUGGCACUUGUAAAAAUGAGAAAGUGAUCAUCAGAGUCUGGCUUGGUAUUCCUGCUGCUGGAGCCUUCAGGAGCCAGCACUCAGCCCUGCUGAAGCCGGAGGAGGAGGGCGGAGAAGCACAGCCUGAUCAGGAAUGUUUACCCUUGCAGAAGUUGCAUCGCUCAGUGACAUCCAGCCAACUUACCGUAUCUUGAAACCAUGGUGGGAUGUAUUUAUGGAUUAUCUCGCUGUUGUUAUGUUAAUGGUUGCCAUUUUUGCUGGAACUAUGCAGCUGACAAAAGACCAAGUGGUCUGCUUGCCAGUUUUGCAGUCUACUGUAAAUUCAAAAGCUCAGCCUGAUACAGCAGGGAAGGCUGACUUCACCACUGUUGAAACAACCACUGGUCAAGAAGAAGCGUCAGUGAGAACUGUUUCCUUUGCCCCUGUAACUGUAACACCUGACAUUCUUCAGAGCAGAGCUACCUCUUCUCAGUAUCAACCCACUGAAUCAGACCAGGAGCUGAAGAAGGAGCAGAAAGAUUCCUCAGGCCGUAAAACAAAUUUGGAUUUUCAGCAGUACGUAUUUAUUAACCAGAUGUGCUAUCAUUUGGCUCUUCCUUGGUACUCAAAGUAUUUUCCCUAUCUUGUUCUCAUCCAUACUAUCAUUUUAAUAGUCAGUAGUAAUUUUUGGUUCAAGUAUCCCAAGACUUGCUCAAAAAUUGAGCAUUUUGUGUCUAUACUGGGGAAGUGCUUUGAAUCUCCUUGGACUACAAAAGCGUUGUCUGAAACGGCAUGUGAGGACUCUGAGGAGAACAAACAGAGGUUAACUGGUGCCCAGUCCCUGCCCAAGUAUGUUUCCACUAGCAGUGAUGAAGGAAGCCCAAGUGCUAGCACUCCCAUGAUAACCAAAUCUGGCUUCAAGUUUUCAGCCGACAAGCCGAUGAUUGAGAUUCCCAGUGUCACAAUUUUAGAUAAGAAAGAUGGAGAACAAGCCAAGGCGCUGUUUGAGAAAGUCCGUAAGUUCCGGGCUCACGUGGAAGACAGCGAUCUGAUUUACAAGCUCUAUGUUGGCCAGACUGUCAUCAAGACUGUCAAGUUCAUAUUUAUUCUUUGCUAUACUGCAAACUUUGUCAACACCAUCAGUUUUGAGCACAUCUGCAACCCGAAAGUGGAACACCUGAUUGGCUACACACAGUUUGAAUGUACACACAAUAUGGCUUAUAUGUUGAAGAAGCUGCUUAUCAGCUAUAUUUCCCUCAUCUGUGUCUAUGGUUUUAUCUGCCUCUACACGCUCUUCUGGCUGUUCCGGAUACCUUUAAAAGAAUACUCUUUUGAAAAGGUCAGAGAAGAGAGUAGCUUCAGCGAUAUCCCAGAUGUCAAAAAUGAUUUUGCGUUUCUCUUGCACAUGGUAGAUCAGUAUGACCAGCUGUAUUCGAAGCGAUUUGGUGUCUUUUUGUCAGAGGUAAGCGAGAACAAACUGCGCGGGAUUAGUUUAAACCACGAAUGGACUUAUGAAAAGCUUCGGCAGCACGUCUCCCGCAAUGCCCAGGACAAGCAAGAGCUGCAUCUCUUCAUGCUGUCGGGAGUCCCCGAUGCAGUGUUUGAUCUGACGGAUCUGGAUGUGUUGAAACUGGAGCUGAUUCCUGAAGCGAAAAUAACAGCCAAAAUUUCCCAGAUGACAAAUCUUCAGGAGCUUCAUCUGUACCACUGCCCUGCAAAGGUCGAGCAGACUGCCUUCAGCUUCCUCCGGGACCACUUGAGAUGCCUUCAUGUGAAAUUCACAGAUGUUGCAGAAAUUCCUGCGUGGGUGUAUUUGCUCAAAACCCUCCGUGAAUUGUAUUUGAUAGGCAACUUGAACUCUGAAAAUAAUAAAAUGAUAGGGCUUGAAUCUCUCAGAGAGUUGAGACACCUUAAAAUUCUCCACGUGAAGAGCAAUUUGACCAAAAUUCCCCCCAAUAUUACAGAUGUAGCACCACAUCUGACAAAACUAGUCAUUCAUAAUGAUGGCACUAAGCUUGUGGUACUCAAUAGCCUUAAGAAAAUGACAAAUGUUGCAGAGUUGGAACUGCAGAACUGUGAACUGGAGAGAAUUCCCCAUGCUAUCUUCAGUCUCUCUAACUUACAGGAACUGGAUUUAAAGUCAAAUAGCAUACGCACAAUUGAAGAAAUUAUCAGUUUCCAGCAUUUAAAAAGAUUGACUUGUUUAAAGCUGUGGCACAAUAAAAUAGUCAGCAUUCCUUCAUCCAUUACUCACAUAAAGAAUUUGGAGUCUCUUUAUCUCUCCAAUAACAAACUUGAAACCUUACCUGCCGCAGUGUUCAGUUUACAGAAACUUCGGUGUUUGGAUGUAAGCUACAACUCAAUUGCGGUGAUUCCAGUGGAAAUAGGUUUGCUUCAGAAUCUUCAGCAUUUUCACAUCACAGGAAACAAAGUCGACGUUUUGCCAAAACAGUUGUUUAAAUGUGUUAAAUUGAGGACUUUGAGUCUGGGACAAAACUGUAUUACCUCAAUCCCAGAUAAAGUAAGUCAGCUGUUGCAGCUGACUUACCUGGAACUGAAGGGAAACUGCUUGGACCGUCUGCCAGCUACGCUGGGGCAGUGUCAGCUUCUCAGGAAAAGCGGGCUUGUAGUGGAAGAUCACCUCUUUGACACUUUACCCUCAGAAGUUAAAGAGAUGUUAAAUCAAGACACAGGCAUUCCCUUUGCUAAUGGUAUUUAGACUGAGGCAAAAUGUUCUGGUAGCUGACUUCCAAGUGGCACAUGAUAAAAAGUAUGGCAACUGUGAGAUCAUGUGUUUUAGGAAGCAGAAUUCCUUGGAAGGCAGAAUUGCUAGCAGGAUUAGAAGUGCAACUGAGUGUUCAAUGUUUGCAGUGUUUUAAAAGUUCAUUUCCAAAAUUUUUGAGAGGAUAAAGAACCUUAAUAAUCUCAAUUCUUUUUUCCUUAAAUUGUUUGUAACUUGGAUGCUGCCGCUUUUGAAUGUUUACAAAUUUGCUUGCCUGCUUAAAGUAAAUGAUUAAAUUGAUGACCUUUUCUUACUAUGCAAGUUAUUCCUUAAGGUCUGGUUUUACUUUAGUGCAUUAUGGGGAGACAAACCAAGGCUAAAUGUUGUAUGUGGUAUGGGCCUAACAGCACUGGAAACACAGGUUGAAUUGUGUUGUUGGUAUUUAGCUGUCCUCGGCAAAUAAAACCAGUUUGGCUGUGUUUUGAACUGCACCAGAACCACCAUUUUCCUGCAUUAAGGUAUGAGGUUUCAUAGAAUCAUUUAGGUUGGCAAAAACUUGUAAGAUCAUCAAGUCCAACCAUUAGCCUAACACUGCCAGGUCCUCCAUGUCCCUAAUCCCAUGUCUGUGCUUUUGUUGAAUGCCUCUGGGGAUGGUGAUUCCACCACUUCCCUGGGUAGCCUAUUCCAAUGUUUGACCACUCUUUCAGUGGAAAAAAAAUUUCCUAAUGGCUUAUCCUAGCACAGCUUGUGUCUUUUUGUGCUAUUGCUUGUUAACUGGGAGAAAAGACUGACUCCCGCCUCACUACACCAUCCUUUCAGGUAGUUGUAGGGAGUGGUAAGGGUCCCUCCUGAGUCUCAUUUUCUCCAGGCUCAACAUCCCCAGCAUCCUCAGCCAGUCCUAACAGGACUUGUGUUCCAGACCCUUCACCAGCUCCACUGCCCUUCUCUGGACAUUGCAGUACUUCAGUGUUUUGCAUCAGGCCAAGUGUGUUUGCCUUCAUUCUUCUCCUCAAGGCCUUAUGUUUUUGGGUGAGAUUCCUUCUGUGGUCUGGUGGGCUAGUCCUUCACCCUGGCAAAGGCCGGUCACCUUCCUGCAGCUGGUCUCCCCCCCCAGCCUCCAUAAUGCUUCUCUGUCCCAUGCAUCAGUGGGAGGCAAAAGGGAAAAUGUUUCCACGUGGCUUUCGAGUUGGAGAUAGUUUUGAUGUUUGAACUCUUUUGGAAGGUGACUUUGAAAGCCAUUAAACACCAAGUGACUUUACUGUUCAUGUUUUGCUCUUCUGAGUUUUUAUCUGGAAAACUCAAGGCGUUUUAUGAGUUGGUGAUUGUUCUGUUUCACAACCCUUGCUUAGGAUGUGGGGUGUCAUCUCUAUUUACUAGACUAAUAACAGACAUAAGAUCUGCUUUUUCACUCAACCAUGAUUAAGUUUUAUCAUCUGUUGUGGUGUCUUCCACACCUGGACUUUACCAUACCCCAGCCCAACUAAUCUAAUGUCUUUGAAGACUUACUCACUGUUAGAAAUCCUAACUGUGUGCCAGAUAAGUCAUCCAAUAAAGAGAAAAGCAGACAGCAGUGAGCUUGGGUUUGGUUUGUGUUGUUUUUUGUUCUGGGGUUUUUUUUGGCCUUUUUGGUGGUGUUUUUUUAACUGAGUUUGCAUUGCCAGAACCAUUAGACAGAUAUAAUCCAUUAAAUCUGCAAAAUCAUCAGUUGUAAUUCUCAGUCAUUUACAUUCCAUGUGUGCAGAAAAGAAGUACUAUGCUGGGAGAUGAUUGCAUGAUUACUCAUGGCUUAAACACAAUUCCCUAUUGUAGUGUGGUCAGGACUGAACUAGUCUGUAGUUCAAGGAACUGUUCUUCUCACACAGAAAUCCUCAUGCACAGUGAUUUCUACUGUAACUUCACCAGAGCUGCCCUGACUUACACCACUAUUAACGAGCAGAUAGUUUAGGCCUAGAGGCAUUGAGCAGGCAGAAACAUUUCAAAUACUGCUCUUAGAAGUCUUGCAUAUUUUAUUGUUAAUAAUUUACUGUUAGUCAUGCUGGGAGGACUGUUCUCCCAGCUACUGUAGGUAGCAGUCUCUGAAUACAUAGCUGCACCAAAUGUUUAUGUAUCUCAGAAGACCAGUUUAUGGACAGUGGUUUUCCUAUUUCUCAUGGGGAUACAGUCUGUUUUCCAGUUGCAGCAGGUAGUAAAUUUGGGAUGUUGACAGUUUUGCAACACCAAGUCACAGGUUAGGCAGAGUACUUGGAGUUACUGAUCUGUUCUCCACUGGGAAACUUAGUGUAAAUCCUCAGAUUCUUUUUUAAAGUAGAAGUUAAGGCUGCAGCGGACUUUUUUUUUUUCAAGAAACUCCUUCAUUUGUUUAUUUUUUGCACAUAGAUCACUUUAAAACUGCUGGACUAUUGACUCUUUAGAAAAACUGUGGACUAUACUAUUGGUGUAUGCUUUGUAUUUGCUGUUGAGUGUCAUUUCAGUUUCCAAGAAAUUGUAUGUAGGAGGGAGGAAGAGUUGGAGGAUGACAAAAUGAUUAAAAUGUUUCGAAAAAUAGUUAUAUUUUUAAUAUUUUUCCCCUUUUUUAAUAGCAGAGUUGCACAGAAUGUGGCUGUGUAUUGAUCUAGUUUUUAAAAGGUGUUUUUGGUGUUUCUGAUUCUCCUGCUGGCCCUCCUGAUGUUCAAAAAAUAAACCUAUGUCUAAUUCAUAUGACUAUGGUAUACUCAGAAAUUAAACCCAUGUCCACUUAAUGAGUAUGGUAUACAUAACUGUUUUGACUAGUUAGUAGCCAACUGUACGUCUUUAAACAAUUCCCUCCAAAAUAAGUGUAUGUUAAAAUUAUCAUACUUCUAAUGCUUGCUUAGCAUAAACUCCAUUCUUGUUUUUAGGAAAUCUUUCUCAGAGUGGGGAGGAACUUCCGAGCACCCCCAUGUCACCUCCCCCCAGUCCUUCCUCCUCUUUGUGACUGUUUAUAAUGUUCCUGUUUCCUGCGUGUCAACUGACACAGUUUUGCUUUAAAGUCUUGGAAGUUCAUCUCUUUUCCAUGUAAGGCAUGUGAAAUAUAUUUUGCAUUUCUAUUUGAUUUAAUAAAUAAGAUGUUUAUAUCUUCCUCUAA